ACGCCGCCCCCAGUGGGCGGGCGCCGCGGAGGGCUGUCGGGAAGAUGGCGGCAGCCCGCGGGCUAGAAGGGAGCGGGGAGCGCGGGGCGUGGGGCGAGUGCCAUGAAGGAGACGGGCGGUACCUCUACCUCUAUGCUGCAGAACCAGCCUCAAAGGCACUAUGGAAUUACCUCUCCAAUUAGCUUGGCUCCUCCUAAGGAUAUAGAUUAUAUUCAUACUCAGAAGCUAGUUGAAGCAAUGAAGCCAUUUGGGGUAUUUGAAGAUGAAGAAGAAUUGAAUCACAGGCUGGUUGUUCUUGGUAAACUGAAUAACUUGGUCAAAGAAUGGAUUUCAGAACUUGGUGAGAGCAAGAAUCUUCCCCCUUCAGUUGUAGCAAAUGUUGGUGGCAAAAUAUUUACAUUUGGUUCUUACAGGCUUGGAGUACACACCAAAGGUGCUGACAUAGAUGCUCUUUGUGUUGCUCCUAGACAUGUGGAAAGAUCGGAUUUCUUUCAGUCACUCUUUGAAAAACUAAAACAUCAAGAAGAAAUAAAAAAUCUAAGAGCAGUAGAAGAUGCUUACGUACCAGUUGUCAAGUUUGAGUUUGAUGGCAUUGAGAUUGAUCUCGUGUUUGCAAGACUGUCUGUGCAAACUAUUUCUGAUAAUCUUGAUCUAAGAGAUGACUCCAGUCUAAGAAGCCUGGAUAUAAGAUGCAUACGGAGCUUAAAUGGCUGCAGAGUUACUGAUGAAAUACUACAUCUAGUGCCAAAUCAAGAGAACUUCCGGCUCACGCUCCGUGCGAUUAAACUGUGGGCAAAACGACGUGGUAUUUACUCCAAUAUGCUGGGAUUUCUUGGUGGAGUUUCCUGGGCAAUGCUAGUAGCAAGAACAUGUCAACUCUAUCCAAAUGCAUUGGCGUCUACUCUUGUGAACAAGUUCUUCUUGGUUUUUUCAAAAUGGGAAUGGCCAAAUCCUGUUUUGCUGAAACAACCUGAAGAGAGUAAUCUUAACUUACCAGUAUGGGACCCUAGGGUCAACCCAGCAGACAGAUAUCAUGUAAUGCCUAUCAUCACCCCAGCCUAUCCACAGCAGAACUCUACAUACAAUGUAUCUACAUCAACACGAGCUGUAAUGGUAGAGGAGUUCAAACAUGGUCUUGCAGUAACAAAUGAGAUUCUUCAAGGAAAGUUAGACUGGCCAAAGCUCCUUGAGCCACCAAACUUCUUUCAGAAGUACAAACAUUAUAUUGUACUGACUGCUAGUACCUAUACUGAAGAGCAUCACUUAGAAUGGGUUGGCCUCGUUGAAUCUAAAAUCCGUGUGCUGGUUGGAAACCUGGAGAGAAAUGAGUUUAUAAAUAUUGCACAUGUAAAUCCCCAGUCUUUCCCUGGCAACCAAGAACACCGUAAACAGGGUGGCUAUGUGUCAAUGUGGUUUCUUGGAAUCAUAUUUAGGAAAGUGGAAAGUGCAGAAAGUGUUAACAUUGAUUUAACGUAUGAUAUACAGUCAUUCACAGAUACAGUUUACAGGCAGGCUAACAACAUCAACAUGCUAAAGGAAGGUAUGAAGAUUGAGGCGGCUCAUGUGAAGAGAAAGCAUCUCCAUUAUUUUCUGCCUCCAGAAACCUUACAGAAAAGAAAGAAGCUGUUGUUUCAGCAAAGCAUGCCAGAUACUAGUCAAAAUGCUAGUGGUCUUCAGUGUAAAAGGGCCUCUUCAGAUGGAAGCUUGGACAGUUCCAGAGACACGGACUUCAGAACACCAUGUAAUUCCCCUUCGUUAAAUAGGAUAUCUAAAUUGGACACCUCUACAGCAGAGAUGGAAAGAAGUGUUGUGAUUCAGAGAACUAGUGGUGCUAACAACAGAGAGGAGAUGAAUCAUGUAGCUGUGCCACCAGUGUCUAAGGAAAUCUCCAUUCCAGUUAUUGGUUCAAAAAUGGAGGCUGCAGUUGCAGUAAGACCAUCAGGACCUCCAGCUGGCUGCACUGUUCCUGCAGUAAUAGAACAUAACACGAUUUCUCGACUUAGGACACAUUUUGUCCAAGGACAGCAUGAACCGAGUAGAACUCAAAUUACAAAUUUAAAGAGUACUAUACCUAAACGACCUCAUUCACCUACCUCAGAAGAAUACCCUAAGAGACCAAAAGACAGAGAAAAGUUAACUGGCCAGGAUUCAGCAUUCAAAGAUGGUGGUAAUCCAGAAGAUGUAAAGAGAAGAUCUACAGAAAAUGUUGGCCUUGGUGGAAAAUCUAAGCUGAUUCCAGUUAUUGACACAUCAAGGUCACAGAGGCUCUCCAGUAAAGAACUACCAGAUUCUUCAUCUCCUGUUCCAACAACUAAUAUUCGUAUUAUUAAAAGAUCCAUCAGACUUACCCUUAACCGUUAACCUUUAUCUCUUUAUCUCUUCAGGUAAAGAUAUUUGUUUAGUGAUUCAUAUUAUCAAUGUGUAUUCUUACUAACAAAGAAUGGACUGUUACUGUUGCCGUACUGCAGUGUCAGACAGUUAAAUAUUUCUGUUUGUGUUUUUGACCUGGAGAUGCUGUAGGAUACUCCUCUUACUGUGUAGCUUUUCCAAGAUCAUCAAGUAACAAGUCACAGUCUACAAAAAUCAUGGCCUUUUUAGUAGUAUUAGCUUAGGUGCUUUCUUCCUUUGGAACUACUUUGUAUACUCUUGCAACAUCUGUCUUUAUUAGUCUUUUUAAGGAGUCUUAACUAUCACUAGCUGAAACAGCUUUCUGAAAUAGCCACAAAAACAGCUUGUCCUGUAACUUGGAUUCAGAAUGUAUGUAAACAGGGAUGACUAGUCAUGACAUCUGUAUUCUGUUUUCAAGCAUGUAGGAAUGUGCUUGUAUUCAUUUGAGCUUUCCUAGUCGAUGUAGAUGUGGUGUUCUUAUCUUAAAUUAUCUUCCAGUUUGGCACAUACACUCCUGUGCGUCUGUCACAAUUGUGCUCAGCUUCCACAGGCAGUAGCUUUCCAUAGUCUAGCACAGCCAUGCACUACAUAAGUAUUGUCUCCCAUGGAGGCCCGUAAAUCUAAAUACUGAAGAAAAUGCAACAGAGGAUGCUACCAAGGUAUGGAGAUGAUAGACAGACAUAUCCCAUGCCAUGUUAUGUUUUUUUCUUAAGGCUGCUCCAACAUGAGACUUAAGUUCUGUUUUCACUGGGUAGCUGAGCUAAAUUCAGAACACAAGCGAAGAUGCAUCUCAACAUUGCAGCAGUUGAGGCUGUUGUGACACUGCACACCUGUAAACUGCAGUCUUUAAAGCAACUGUCAUGUAGAAAGUGGUACUGCGUUUCAGUGAAAACCUGGAAGUUCAAAAUGGUUACUUGAAAACUUGUAGUAGCCUUAAGUCUGGUUCUGUAAACAAACUGAUAACACUGCUUACCCAGUAAAGUGCAUUAGGGUUUUUUGGGGGUGGAGAGAUUCUAAUUAUGGGAAAUAUGCUAUCUUUCUAUUGUAAUUUCUUUAUAAUUGGUGACUUUUUUGUAAAUGAAGUUGUAUGUCUUUUCCAGAGUAUUUUUGUAUGUACUGUAAAAUACUAUCAUCCAAAGAAAUUUGAAGUCUUUGGUUGUCUUUCCUCUUUUUUUAAUGUAGAUGGCUUCUGAUUAAGGAAAAGCAAAA